AUAUCAAACGUAUCUUAUGUGCUGAAAAUUGAACGGUGUUGAUUGUUAGCUCCAUCAAUUUUCUUCUCUCAUCUUUCUGUCCGAAGGGGAAACCCAUCUUCGUCUCUCUUUCUUUCUUUUAUUUAUUUAUUUAUUUAUUUUGUUUUCUUUUCUCUCAGAAUUUUUCCAAUGGUGGAUCCCAUCCAUCACCAAUAUUUCCUUGUAGUUCUCGUCUUCGUCUACUUUCUUUUUGCAUUUUCAUUUUGAUCUUAUCAAAUACUCAAAGUCCACUAUGUUUAUCAACAUAUUCCUCCAAUUCUGAACUUAACCCUUAUUUCAAUUCUCUCUUUCCUCAUCCACCACCACCAUGUCCGGCGGAAAACGGCGGAGGAUCAACGCCAAUUUUGAAGAUCUUCCAAAUGAAAUUGUAUAUGAUAUUCUUUCUAGAUUACCCAUCUCUUCGUUAGUACAAUUCAAAUGCGUAUGCAAAUCUUGGCGCACCUUAACCCAAGAUCCUAAUCUUGUUUCUCAUUAUCUUUCUAGUACAAUCAAGAAAGAUCCUUGUUUAGUUCUUCACUGCGAUUUUCCUAUCCGAAACCAGCUUUACUUUAUAGAUUUUGCUGCGGACCAGGAGAAGGACAAAGUUAAGAGAUUAAACGCGCCGUUUUGGCCUGUAAUGCCUGAAUUCGACGUGGUAGGCUCAUGUAAUAGUUUGCUUUGUUUAGUUGACUCGUUGUAUCAUGAUUCUGUUUAUAUUUAUAAUCCUUUUUCAAGAAAUUACUUAGAGUUACCGAAAUCUUUAAACUAUUUAGACCAAGAAGUGGUUUUCGGGUUCGGAUACGAUCCCAGAAGCUAUAAAUACAAAAUAGUAAAGAUUAUUUACUACAGAAAUGGCCAUGGCGGCGGCGGCGGUUAUCCUCGUGCUCGGAGACUUGUUUACACACAAUCAGAAGUUCAAAUUUUAACUCUCGGCGACCGUGAGUGGCGGAGUUUAGGUAAAAUAGCUUAUCAGCUUGUUCGCCGGCCGGCGGAGGCUUUAGUUGGUGGAAGACUUCAUUGGGUAAGUAGACCUAGAAGGUACAAUCCAGUUCGGCGGAUAAUCUCAUUUGAUUUAGCGGAUGAGAAAUUCGAGGAGGUUCAAAAGCCGGAAUGCGGUGGCCUGAGUAAACGGAAUUAUCAUCUUGUGGUGUUAAAAGGGUGCCUCUCAGCUGGGGUUUAUUGUAAUUAUGGAAGAAUAGAGAUAUGGGUAAUGAAAGAGUAUAAUGUGAAAGAAUCCUGGGUUAAAGAAUAUAGCAUUGGAAGUUACAUGCCAAAAGGGUUGAAGCAAAAUCUUGAAAGGCCAUUUUUAAAGAUUUGGAAAAACUCAUUGAAGGGAAGAGUUGUUAGAGUUUUAGGAGUUUUAAAGAAUGGAGAGGUUUUGUUGGAGUAUAAAAGUCGAAUUCUUGUUUCUUAUGACCCAAAUCUUGGAAAAUUUAAGGAUCUUUCAUUACAAGGAAUACCUAAAUUGUUUCAAACAAUUGUUCAUGUUGGAAGCUUCAAUUGGAUUGAUAAUCCUAUCGAUCGAUCGAUUGAUACAUAGAAGAAGGAGAAGAAAAAGAAGAUGUUCAUAUUAGUGAGUUGAUUCUUAUACUUCAAAUCAUCAAAAAAAAAUUUUAUAUUAUUAUGUUUCAUGUCUUCAUUUGUGUAGUUUUAUUACAUUAAGUUGCUUGCAUGUUUAAUCAAUUUACUUCUUUUUUUGUAUAUGUUGAAAAAAAAUGAUCUAUUAAUUAUUAACUAGAUUUUAAUUCUCUAUUUA